AUGACUUCCAAGCGUCUUAUGAAGGAAUUUAAGUCUAUAAAAGAUAAUUCAAAAUAUUGUACUGUAACACUUAUAGAUGAUGAUAUAUAUCAUUGGCAAGCAAUACUCAUCGGUCCGGAAGAUAGUCCCUAUGAAUAUGGAAAUUUUCGUCUUGAUAUUCGAAUACCACGUGAUUUUCCAUUUAGUCCUCCAGACAUUCGGUUUAAGACAAAAAUCUACCAUCCAAACAUUCAUUUAACAGGUGCGAUAUGCGUUGAUAUUUUGCAAUCACAAUGGAAUUCAUCGUGGUCUAUAGAAAGUCUUCUAUCUGGAAUACGUUCUUUAUUGACUGAUCCUAACUCAGAUGAUCCAUAUAAUGCACGUGCUGCCUUGUACUAUCGGGAAGAUCGUGAGAAAUUCAAUGAAGUAGCAUCGUGGUGGACGAAAAAAUAUGCGAUGUAA